GCAGCAGGGGAGGAGAGGGACGCGACUGCACAUCCGCUCGUUUAGACAGACGCCCCCAUCCACGCGCAAUCGGUCUACCCAUUUCCCACCGGCUGGACCUCCCCCAUGCCUGAGCCAGUGAGUGGAGGCGAGACUAGCCUACUGUACCGCCAGAGUCCGAGCGGUGAGGAGUCGCUUGCUGGGCAGAUUAGACGGUACCAGUCGGGAAGGACGCGGCACGACGAGGACCAAACAGACCCACGGUCUAUGUUCUCCCGCGUGGAUGGAUGGACCGAGAGAGAAUACAACCUGAAACUGCAGUGCAGAACUGGCUUUUCAGGCUACCUUUGAUUCAACGCAUUUUGUUGACGGUCAGUCCUCCCUAGUCCUGGAUCCAGAGCUCUCUGUCUCCGACCCAGCCCCAGAGGACUCCACGACACACGUAGGCACCAUGACCCAGGAGGGGCAGGGACACCCCCAGACUGAACCCACUACAUUCCCAGACAGCCAAAGGGAGACGCCAGCCCACCCUGCAGAGAAGCCAGCCACAAACCAAGGGCUGGAGGGGCAAAGUCUGGAGGUGGAGGGGAUAGAGGGGACCAAUGAGAUGGAAGGGGAGGAAAGUGUUACGGUACAAAGGGAAGUACACCGAGAAAGAGAAGGUGAGGAAAGUGGAAAGGGAGAGGGUGAUGAGGUAGAUGAGGGAGUGGAACAAGUGAUGCAGGGAGAAGGAGAGGUGCAUGAAGAGAGAGAGAGUAUGGCAGAGACAAGUGAUGAAGAAGAUGGAGUGGGGGAUGAGAGGAUAGAUGCAGGGGAUGGUCAGCCAGACAGAGAGCUAGAGAGAGAGGAGGAGAGGGAAGAAAGGGAGGAGGAGGUAGAGAAGGAGGGGGACAACAUGAACACAGAGGCCACAGAGGAGUCAGAACUAGCCUGCGAGCCCGGCUGUGAGGAGGAAGAGGAGGAGGAGGGUGAGGAGGAGUUACCUCCACCACCACCACCUGAGGAUCAGGAAGAAGACCAGGACCAGGACCAAGACUUACCAGACCCACCAAGGUCUCUGGACAUAGUCAGGCUGGACAAUGGAAUAGGACCUGAGAAUGGAAUCAAAGGGCAUGAAAAGGAGGAUGAUGAAGAUGAUGAAGAUGAAAGAGAAGGAGGCGGCUUAGUGGAGGUCAUCCAUGAACACCUGGACACGUUCAGCUCCACCUUCGAGUGUUCCGUAGAGCUGGCGGACACAGAGGUGGAGGAAGAGGAAGAGGAGGGAAGGGAGAACCAGGACAGUUUCAGCUCUGUGUUUGAACGCAUCGUGGAGCAUGUUGUCGCCAUAGAGGGGGAGGAAGAGGAAGAUGAGGAAGACGGGGAGGGAGAGAGGGAGAAGAGCGGGAUGGACAACAAGGACGGCUUCAGCUCGACGUUUGAGCGUAUUGUUGAGUCUGCGCUUCUUCGCGGGGGGACGUGCUACAGUAGUCUAGACUCCCUGGAUGUCCUGUCACUCACAGACGAGACAGACAGCUGUGUCAGCUUCGAGGCUCCGCUCACCCCCCUCAUCCAGCAGAGGUCCUUUCUCCAGAGCCCUGAGCCUCUGGAGCUGGAACUAGCCACUGUCAUGGAGCAGGAAGGAAGCGAGGCUGGACCCGAGGCCCAACGAGGAGAGCCUGAGGCUGGGGAGAGUGCUGCAGGCCGUGAGCUUGGAUCUGGAGGAAGCCCACUGCGGACCACCAUCACCGGGACCAGGUCGGAGUUUGUCCUGAGCCAGCCUGGCCGAUGGGCCAUCCCAAAUGGGUUUCACAUGAACACCCAGGGGGGAGCGGAGGGUUCUGGAGCCAUACCCAACUCUAUGAGUGAUACCAACGUCACUGACGUGCUGUCGGACUCAGAGCCGAGCGGUCUGGAGCAGCUGGAGAGAGGCAGCACGGACACCCUUGCCAACGGUUGCCGUGCCGAAUGUAACGCCGCCAAACGCCUUGCCAAGCGCCUGUUCUACCUGGAGGGCUUCAAACGCUGCGAUGUGGCACGCCACCUGGGAAAGAAUAAUGAGUUCAGCCAGCUGGUGGCGUCAGAGUACCUCAGCUUCUUUGACUUCUCUGGUCUGUCAUUGGACAAGGCCCUGAGGAACUUUCUGAAAGCCUUUCCUCUGAUGGGGGAGACCCAGGAGAGAGAAAGGAUCCUGGUCCACUUCUCUAAGAGGUUCUGUGUCUGCAACCCCACAGCCCUCGCCCCCGAAGGAAAGGACAUAUCCGAACGGAAUGAUAAUGAUGAAGAAGAUGAUGACGGAGCCCAUACGUUAACCUGCGCCCUAAUGCUGCUCAACACUGAUCUACAUGGACACAACAUUGGGAAGAAGAUGUCUUGCCAGCAGUUCAUCAGUAAUCUGGAUAGCCUAAAUGAUGGCAAAGACUUCCCUAAAGACCUAUUAAAGGUGCUGUAUAAUUCAAUAAAGAACGAGAAGCUUGAAUGGGCAAUUGAGGAAGAGGAGUUCAGGAAGAGUCUAUCAGAGCUGGUGGAGGAGCAGUGUGAGGGAGGGGGGAAGAGGGGGGUUGCCAGGGUAACGGAUGGCAAUAACCCUUUCAUCGCCAUCCCCAUCCUACUCAACGCUGUCACCUAUAAACAUGGUGUCCUGACCCGCAAAAGCCACGCAGACAUGGACGGCAAACGCACCCCACGAGGACGGCGAGGCUGGAAGAAGUUCUAUGCGGUUCUAAAGGGGAUGAUCCUUUAUCUCCAGAAGGAUGAGUAUAAGGCUGAUGCAGAGCUGUGUGAGGGGGACCUGAAGAACGCUGUGCGUAUCCACCAUGCGUUAGCCACCCGCGCUACAGACUACAGCAAGAGACCCAACGUCCUCAAACUAAAGACCUCUGACUGGAGAGUGUUCUUGCUGCAGGCACCGAGUGAGGAGGAGAUGAUGUCGUGGAUAUUUCGUAUUAACCUGGUAGCAGCUCUGUUCUCUGCCCCGGCCUUCCCUGCUGCCAUCGGCUCCAUGAAGACGUUCUGUAGACCUCUACUGCCCUCCUCCUCUACCCGGCUAAACCAGGAGGAGCAGCUGCAGUUUCACGAGGGGAAGCUGAAGCAGAUGAGUAUGGAGGUGGAGGAACACAGGAAGAGUCCGCCCUCACCUUCUCCCAAGAGCAGAGAGUGGGAGGAGUACCGAAUCAAAGAGCACUACCUCAUAUAUGAGAAGAGUCGGUACGAGACGUAUAUCAACCUGCUCCAGGCCAAGAUGAGGGCAGAGACAGACGACCUGGAGAAGAUAGAGGCUAGUGUGAUGAGCGGGAUCGGGGAGGGCAGAGGGGGGUGCGAGGGAUACCUCCGGAAGACCCAGUCCUCUCCUUCCAUCAGCCAGCACAGUCUCAACGGCAGGGCCUCUGGACGCACUGCCCCGGGCCAGCGGAGUUGAGAGGAGACCCCCCCCCCUUAAAAACGUCAUCAUGCACCCCCGUGUAACUGUCCUCUGAGCCAAAGGGCUCACCCCCUUAAAUGCCUAAGCACUGGACUCAUAUCCAACCAACUCCCCAAAUCCUCCCUCCUUCCUAUUUCAUUGCCCAGUAAAGUGGUAAUAAUUGAGAGAGGACUUACCUGCAUAAAGGAAGUGACAUCAUAAGGAAGGGUGGAGUGUUUUAGUUUGAGGAGGUGGAUUUCAGGGUGGAGGGGCACAGUAGCAUCAAGUAGUCUCUCUCACCUGAGCUUUCAACAGGUUUCUCUGGACCAUAUAGAGCAUGGAGACUCAGUGUAUCUGAACAGGCCUACUGAGCAGGCCUAUGUAACACACCUACAGUAUGAGAGCCUUAUGAUGAUGAACAACACUUACUCAGACUCUCAGAACUGUUAUGAUGAUCAACUCCUUGCUGUGUAGACUAUUUAUUAUUAAUACGUAUUUAUUUAUUGUAGAUUUCUUAUUCCACUUGAACCUGAGCUUCAUAUAUGAUAACAGACUGAAUGAAAGCACUGUGCCAUGAUGUAUAACCCUUAGUUCUAUGUUACUGUCUGGACACUUGUAUUGCUGUCACGCUGAGUGGAAGCUGGGAUGGAGGAAUUUGACUGACUAUUAGGAGUAACGGUUGAAGGAAAAAAGUGAGAUGUCUUGUUGAAUUGAACAUUUUGAUUAAAUAGUGUGUGUGUGUGUGCAUGCGUGCGUGCGCGCGCGUGUGUGCGCGUGCGUGCGCGCGUGCGUGUGUGUGCGUGCGUGUGUGCGUGCGCGUGCGUGCGUGCGUGUGUGUGUGCGUGCGUGUGUGUGUGUGUUUGAGGUUGAGCGAUGGCCAGGGUUCAGGGUUAAGGGAAGCAGAUCUAACGUUAAAGGAUCUGUUUCUUUGUUGUUAUUCUUUGAUGCAGAAGAAGAGAAGACGUCUCUCCCUGAGUUGGAACUAGCUCAUCUUCCUAUCAUAUCAUCAACAGAGUGCAGAUAAAACAAUAAAAGACUGAAAGACAAAGCAGCAGGACUGCACAGGCUGAGCACCAGAGGAAGUGGAUGAAGUGGUGAGCAGCAGAGGAAGUAGCAGAAGUGGUGAGCACCAGAGGAAGUAGAUGAAGUGGUGAGCAGCAGAGGAAGUAGCAGAAGUGGUGAGCACCAGAGGAAGUAGAUGAAGUGGUGAGCACCAGAGGAAGUAGCAGAAGUGGUGAGCACCAGAGGAAGUAGAUGAAGUGGUGAGCACCAGAGGAAGUAGAUGAAGUGGUGAGCACCAGAGGAAGUAGAUGAAGUGGUGAGCACCAGAGGAAGUAGCAGAAGUGGUGAGCAGCAGAGGAAGUAGAUGAAGUGGUGAGCACCAGAGGAAGUAGAUGAAGUGGUGAGCACCAGAGGAAGUAGAUGAGGUGGUGAGCACCAGAGGAAGUAGAUGAAGUGGUGAGCACCAGAGGAAGUAGAUGAAGUGGUGAGCACCAGAGGAAGUAGAUGAAGUGGUGAGCACCAGAGGAAGUAGAUGAAGUGGUGAGCACCAGAGGAAGUAGAUGAAGUGGUGAGCACCAGAGGAAGUAGAUGAAGUGGUGAGCACCAGAGGAAGUAGCAGAAGUAGUGAGCACCAGAGGAAGUAGAUGAAGUGGUGAGCACCAGAGGAAGUAGAUGAAGUGGUGAGCACCAGAGGAAGUAGAUGAAGUGGUGAGCACCAGAGGAAGUAGAUGAAGUGAUUAGUAGCAGAGGAAGUAGAGAAAGUGGUAAGCAGAAGAGGAAGUUUAUGAAGUGAUUAGCAGCAGAGGAAGUAGAGAAAGUGGUGAGCAGAAGAGGAAGUUUAUGAUGUGAUUAGCAGCAGAGGAAGUAGAGAAAGUGGUGAGCAGAAGAGGAAGUAGAGAAAGUGAUUAGCAGAAGAAGUAGAGAAAGUGGUGAGCAGAAGAGGAAGUUUAUGAAGUGAUUAGCAGCAGAGGAAGUAGAGAAAGUGAUUAGCAGCAGAAGAAGUAGAGAAAGUGGUGAGCAGAAGAGGAAGUAGAGAAAGUGAUUAGCAGUAGAGGAAGUAGAGAAAGUGGUGAGCAGAAGAGGUAGAGGAAGUGGUGAACAGAACACAGCGUUACUCGUGUGUAGAAUCAUAUUCAUAUCGGAGACCAGAGAGGAGAGUAACCCAGCUCUCUCGGAACCAUGGAAAGAGGAAAGCUGGAGGGAGGAAGGAAGGCAGUGGUUCUGCUGGACUACAUUAUUCUUCAUUGAACAUUGAAACUCAUUCCCUUCUCUUUCUCCCUUCCCCCUCUCCUGACUGGACUUCAGAUGGGAUAGCGUCCCUAAUUCUUAUUAUCUCUUUCUCGACACUAAAGCGGUACGGAAUAUUUGCACGGUCAGACCAGACACAGGGGCUAUAUAUAUCCUGUGUUUUUCUAUUCCAGAGUGAUGAGACUGGAUCAUUGAUCCUUAGCUCUGUUUACUGAAGUGGAAUUCAGAAUCAGAACUCCCAUUUUAUACCUUAUUGGUUAUGUCUUUCUUACUCUGAGGACCGACCUUGUCACUUUGGCUGUUGUGCUAACUAACCAUUGUUUUCCCUAUGUUUUAGGGCAGAGCAGUGCUAUUGUAAUAUAGAAAUGUGAGAAGGUUUUUUACUUUGCUGAUCCUGUCUUAAAUAUUAGUAUGUGUUUUUUGUUUUUUUAACUAAUGAAGCUAGGGCACUUUGUUGUAAAAAAUGGAAAUGUUAUAUAGUUGUUCUGUUUGUUUAGGGCAGUUUAAAGUGAAAUGCAUCUUUACUAGUUAUUAUUGUCAGGGCUUCAUAAAGUCAUCUUUUAUAUAUAA